AUGGACCCUGUGGUGGUUGGGGACCGGCCAAGUGGUGGUGGGGUGAUGCAAUCUAACCUACUUGUCAGACAUAAUGAUGCAGUGAUGUGUAAUGGUGAAACUGAACUGAAACACUCAUCUUAUACCAAGGUGAAGUAUCCCCCAGUUCAAAGUAUAAAAGUACAACUUACCAGAUGUGAGCAGGACAGAUUGUUCUUCAGCCUACCCAAGGAUGAGUAUCAAACCAUGCAGGUGCAGAACAACUCAAUCAUCAUUACCUGUGAUGGCCUUUAUCUCAUCUACCUGAAGAGUUCUUUUUUCCAGAAGGUUGGGAUCAACCUUCAUUUCCGGAAGGAUCAGAAUUCUGUCCUCAUCCCCACAAUGAACAAAGGCCAAAGGGUUGGCUUUGCUAUGGUGGCCUCUUUGCACUUCAAAGACAUAGUCUACUUGAACGUGAAGGCUUCUAAUACUUCUUGUGAAAACCUACAGAUAAAUGGUGGGGAACUGAUUCUCAUCCAGCUAAAGCCUGGUAGAUACUGUGCUCAGUGA